GCAUCGGAGAUUUACCACUUGUUUGCACACACUCAUCGUUCUUAUUCGCACUGAAAGAGUCGCAUUGAGUUGCGCAUUGAGUCCAACACAUCAUCCAAUCGGAUUAAAUUCAGCGGAAAAAAGCAAGUAGAAUACCAGCGCGAUGAGAGUGCAUCAAAACCAUUUUCUGUUGGAUAUACCGAAUGUCAGUGCGUUGAAAGCAAUUUGUUCGCGUGAGUUGUAUGUUCAUGACAUCCCAUGGACGGUGUACGUUCGCAAGGAAGAGGUAAAGGGAGAAAAAUGGCUUGGAGUUUAUUUGCGUUGUGCAAAGAGAGACACAUCAUCGAAAUGGUCAAUUGUUGCUUCACCAACAUUUAAACUGGUGUCAUUCAUAGACAAUGUGAAUCCGAUUGAAAUACCUUUGGUGCCGUACGUUUUUGAUUGUAGACGAAUGGAUCAUGGCAUACGAAUGCUUCGAUGGAACGAUUUGUUAAAUAUCAACAGCGGUUACAUGAUCAAUGAUACGAUAUUUUUGGAGGUUAAAAUCACGAUGGCUGGUCGAAAUAACCCGAACAAGAGUGAGUUGAUUUUCGAGGAAAUAGGCAAAAGUUGCGAAGAAGGUUACCGUACGAAAUUCCGUUUGACAGUUACCAAUAUCGAACAUCUGAUGGCCGUUCGUACGCCGGAAUUCAUGUUGCGCAACACACUUUGGCACGUCAUAAUCAACAAGUAUCCGACGAAUGGACUCGCACUCAUUUUGGAGGAGUGUAUGGCAAAAAAGAAUUCAAGAGAAUUCCCAUGUAAAGUGAACAUUUUGGCCAAAUUGAUGAACAUUGGAAAGCCAAUUGAAGAGAUUCAAUCGAAAGAGAUGCGGUACCUCGACAGAUUCACCGUUUUACUUGCAUCAUGGAACGAUUUGCUAACACCUGAGAAUGGUUUCGUCAGAAAUAAUUCAAUUGUUAUCGAGGUGGAAAUCAGCGCUGAAACACCCAAAAGUAUUUAUACAAUGGACAGAAAACGUAAAGCAAUAUCGAAACCGAAUGGAGGGAAGCUCCUAAAAUUGGAAUGCACAAUUUGUUUGGAUAGUUUUGGUGAACAGGAAUUAUCUUUCACCCCGUGCGGCCAUAUGUUUUGUUCGAAAUGUAUCCAACGGUCAGUCCAAUGUCAAAAUUUGUGCCCCUUAUGCAAUGGUUCGGUUUCAUUGGCUCAACUCAAACGAGCUUACUUGCCACGUGCGAAGAAAGCGUAAGACGAAAGGGAUUCCAGCUGAUAUUCAGAUGCAUUGAUCGAUAUUCACAGCCACAACACCAAUCAUUACAUUUCAUUGAGAUUAUUUUGCGUAGCGAAAAGACUAUGCAAAGAAGAUUUUUAUGUUUAAGAAAAGCGUAUUUAUUCAUUUAAUACCAAACUUCUGAAAAAUGAAACCAUCUAAAAUUAAUCCGUAAUCCGUGAUUACUUUUUUGAAAUUUCCUUAAAAAUGGAAAAUAUAAUAAAACUAGAAACUCAAUACGAAUUUAGUUUUCGUACAA